AUACGUUACAGAUGUACAAAGAACAGAUAUAUAGAGUUGACUACGAUAAGGAAAUGUAAAGACAUUUAAUGAAAAGUAGACUGACUGCAGUUGAACCACGUUUUACCUAUGUUGAUCACAGGUCCUCGGGCACUAGGAUAUCAGACAAGAAAGGAUGGUGGAGGGUCAGUCACGCAUAAAGUCUGCAACUCACUGUAAUAUAGGCUUUUUAUGCAAGAUGUCAUAUCAUCACAGUUCUUCAUCAAAUUAUUGUUAAAAUAGUUUAUGAGUUAAUUUUCUAUAAAAGAUAAGAAGAAAUAAUGAUAUUUAUUGAGACUUAAAAUAAAACAAAAAAUGUGCGUAUAAGAGAAUUUGGGUCAUUCCCGAAAUUUUUGCUUUCUAAAAACUGAUUAAAUCCAGUCGGACUUUUAACACAAAAAAAUAAUGAUCACUGCUUAGGUUUAGCAGACUUAAGAAACUUUGAAAAUUAAAUAAAAUCAAGAGUAGCUUUGUGAUUAUAGGUCCUUGUACUUUGAACUUGUGACUUCGAAAUAUGAACUCCUUGAUACUUUGAACUAUGAUCUCCAUGAUACUCUGAACUAUAAUUUCCGUGAUACAUUAAACUAUGACCUCUUUGAGCCUUUGAACUAUGACCUCCGUCAAGACAGAAGGCGAGAAGAAGCUGUCCCCCUACCAGCAGGACCCCUACAAGACCAACUUCCGGCAGGAUGUGAUCAUGAAACGGCGCGAGUUGACGCGCAUUGCGCUCUUGAACAGGGAGAAAACUCAGGACAAGCGGCAACUCGGCCAGUCGAGAUCCGCCACGAAAAAUUUGGUUACUAUAGACACGCACAAGGCGCGGAGUAAUACGGAUGUGGUCAGGUUGGCUCUACAGGACCUGGGUUGGAGGGAGUUUCCCUUUCAACGUCGUGACCGCAACUGUGACGUCACGUGGCACGCCAUCUCCUUCCAUGACCAAGGGGACAUCUACUCCGGGCAGGUCAAUAAAUUCCCAGGCUCUCUAGAGAUCUUCCACAAAGUGAACCUCUUCCGUUGGCUGGAGUUCAUGAAGACUUUGUUCCCUGACGAGUACGAUUUCUUCCCCCGUACAUGGUUUCUGCCGCACCAGUUCAAUGACUUUGUCAGCGAUGUCCGCGCCAUGAACGAAAAGAAGCCAAAGAACAAGCCCAUGUUUAUCGUCAAACCCAGCGAGGGGUCUCAGGGGGACGGCAUCUACCUGCUCCGUGACCCCCAGCACUACAACCACAACAACGGCAGGUUCCAUGUGGUGCAGGAGUACCUGAAUAACGUCUUUCUUGUUGACAGAUUCAAGUUUGAUCUCAGAGUGUAUGUCGUGUUACGGUCUUUAGACCCACUCGAAUUUCACAUUUGUAAUGAAGGACUGGCCAGAUUUUCAACCAUUCCUUACGAGCAGCCAACCAACAAAAAUAUGAACGAAACUUAUAUGCAUUUGACGAAUUAUUCCCUGAACAAGAAAAGUUCAGAGUUUAAAAUUUCAGACAAAGAUGACGAGGGCAGCAAGAGAAAAAUGUCGGCUGUGUUCAAACAGAUGGAGAAAAUGGGUCAUGACGUCACGGCCGUUUGGGAGAAAAUUGAACGGCUGAUCGCCAAAACGUUGAUCGCUGUGAACGGGGAGCUGAAGGUGGAGUACCAGGCAGCCAUCCCACCUGGGAAACCUGGACCCACCUGCUUCCAGAUCCUGGGCUUCGAUAUUCUUCUCCUUGACAACCUUGACCCCUACCUCCUAGAGGUCAACUCCAACCCCAGCCUCAGCAUCACGGAGGAGCACGAGUCACCCUCGGGCAAGGUCGAGUACCGCAUCUCGGCCAAGGACGAGAAAAUCAAAAGGAAGCUCAUCCGGGACACGUUGAUCCUAAUCGCCCCGAAGAACAAAUACACCAGGAAAAGACGGCGUCGUCGUAAAGUAAGACGCAGAGAUGAAGAUGAGGAAGGUGAAGAAGAAAACAUGGAAGUCGAUGGUGAGGAUGCCAAACCCAGACGGCGCCUCGAUCGCCGGAAAGAGAAAGCAAUAUCCAUACAGUAUGCGGAUGGUGAAGACGGCUCGGAGACAAACACGUCUAUUUUUGACGACAGGAGACAUAACUCUAAAAAAUUUACACGAAACGAAACGUGUCGGGUGUUUAUCGAAGGAGAAGGCGAGGUGGUGUUUACAGAAGAGGGUCCGUCUAAUCCGAAAUACUUCUCAGAACAGUCUCAAAAAGAGACGCCGCCUCAAAGUGGAUCAACGAAAAAUAAACGAUCGAACUCUCGUGAUAGGUUACCGUCCUUGUUUCCUAAAAUAGAAGAUCGGGAAAAGGAAGUGAAUAUGGAUGAAGAUGAAAACGAAAGUAGCCAGCAAAAUGGGCGUCGGUCACCGGAAGCGAGUCUAACAGAAACCACAGACGAUGAAGAGGAAGAGGCGUCGUGUCUAAAGGAGAUUUUCCCGGCCGUCUACGGAGGCAGCUACAAUAAGCAGAGGAUUCUGGAGAAAAUGGCGGACAUUUUUAUCAGCUGCCUGGGUGUCAAGGGUACCAUGCGGUUAGGUCCAACAAUGUUCAGGCUGUUUGCGAGGAAAUGUCGGCUUAACCAGAAAGGCAUCACAAACGCGGCUGUGGACAUUUUGUACAUCGACAUGCAGCGGAAAUGGGAGUAUUUGAACCCUGACACGUCCGCUGGCCUGAGCUUCUACGCCUUCGUCGGAGGCUGCUGCCGCAUCGCCAGGACAACCUUCAGCGGGAACUCGGAGACUGCCCAGCUGAAGAACUUCAUCGCCCACUGCCAAACCUUCCUCAAGAUCCCCACGGACCUGGAACUCGAGGCGGCGGCGAGGGCCAGAAACAGGUUCAACCCCAGGAGACAGAGGGAGGAGGAGGAGGCGCCCGGCUCGGGCAAUGAGAACAGGGUGCAGGUCACGGAUGAGUGGCCGUACCUGCUGGAAGCCAAAUAUCAGGAUCGGACUUUCCCGAACCCACAGAAGAAAUAUACGAGUAUUUUUAGCAUGUUGCAGAGUCUGUGUUUUCUGGCCUUCGUGAGCGCAUGCUACGAGUUGGCCAGACGUGAGUUCUACUCCCCCUGCAAACACACCAUGCUGCAGAACUUUCUCGACUACUGCGAAGACAGCAUGAAACAGGGGACACAACCCGUCAAGCCGCCCCGCCCGCGCCGAGGCAACAAGGGACAUAACCCCACAUCGGUGUCACUCUUCGCCCGCAAUACAGUAACGUCCCUUGAAGAUGAAGCCGUUCAGAUGUUGACUGCGUACGCAGCUAAUCGUCAGCCAUCUUUUUUUGAAAAUAUUCUGAAGCAGCUAGAGGCCGCCGGGAAAACUCAGUCAAACUAUGCAAGUAAAAAAGGCGGACAUGACUUUAUUUUUAACAGUUGAUUUUUUUUUACAAAUAUUUUGUUGAUUUGUGUAUUUUAUAAAUAUAUGAUUAAUCAAUAAUGUUAUUUUGUGUAGGCUAUUUUAGAAAUGAUAUGUUAACUUGUGUAUUUUAUAAAUGUAUUAUUUAUCUUAAUGCUAAUUUGUGUAUUUUAUAAAUAUAUGAUUUAUCAAUAACCUGUUAAAAUCGCUUUUAUGGUUUUAAGCGUAAUAUGUGUAUAAAUUCACAAGCAACAUAGACACCACACAUGAAGCGAUAUACAGUAUUUGUUCUUGUCUGAUAUCCAAAAGCUUGGCCUACCGUAUUUAUAUUACUGCAAUAUGUUAUAUAUAACGGAUAAUGUGCACGAUGCUAUUGUUUGUGUUAAAAUACAGAACAGAAUGUGUGUGUGUGUGUGACACUGUGGAAGUGUGGGGAAGAUGGGAGUUUGAGUCCCUUUGAAAAUGUCUGACCAACAAUUGAUUAAAUAACUUUAAAAAAAUGAAAUAUGAUAUGCACAAAACGAUAAAAAUUCCAGAAAAAUAAAAUGAUAAAAGACGGUUGCCUUAAGGUAGCUCUUCAAUACUUCCAAAAAAGCGUUUUACUUUUUCAAAGUAACCGUUGUUAAAGGUUACAGACAUAAAUAAAACAGCAGUUAUUGGCCUUGUUAAGGGUUGAAGACGUGAAUAUAAAAGCAGUUAUUGGCCUUGUUAAGGGUUGAAGACGUGAAUAUA